UAACCUUUGAACUUGCAGCACGGCGCGUUUGAGAAGUGACGUCAACCUGGGUCUUUCCAAGAUCAGGUAACAACAAGCAGGAACAACACGUGGUGGAGCGUGCCAAUUGACGAGCUUCAAAACUGGCGAUCAACCUUCCUUGAGCUUCUCUUCAACCAAACUCUCUACCUUCCGAUCCCUAUCACCUCUGAGCGCGAACUAGUACUGUUUCGAGCUACAAUACCUACGAAGCUUAAUCGCCACCAAACGGAACGCGGAGAAAGACCAGUUGAACAUCAUGGCUAACCAGGCGCCUGCAUCCCUUGUCGAUGUGUUGACCGCUUCAGGCGGUGCUGAACCAGCCGGCUUCCUUAACGACAUCGUCAAGAACCUCUGGCCAAACAUCUGCGUUGCGGGCUCUAACAUAAUCAAAGAAACUGUUGAGCCUAUCCUCGCCUCAACUCUACCUGGUCCUCUUGGAAAUCUGCGUUUCACCAAGAUCGACUUUGGACAUAUUCCUAUCGGCUUCUCCAACGUGGACGUUCACAAGACCAAGACCGAUGGCAUCAAGCUCGACAUGGAUAUGGACUGGGAGGGUGUGUGUGACUUUGAGCUCGACGGAAAGAUGGUUCCGAAAGUGGGUGUUGAGAAGGUUCACAUGAAGGGCCGGAUCAGUGUACUCUUGUGCCCGUUGACGAAUGUCAUUCCCUUGAUUGGUGCAGCACAGAUCGCCUUCCUCAACACACCAAGCCUCAAGCUUGACUUUACCGACGCCGCCAAUAUUGCCGACUUCUCUGUUAUUGACAGCACAGUCCGCAAAACCAUUCUUGGUAUCAUUGAUGGAAUGGCUGUACUGCCCAACCGCUUUCUUGUCAAGAUGACGAACGACGUCGACUAUUUCAAGGCUCACCAGCCUCACCACGGUAUUAUUCGUAUCAUGGUAGCUCGAGCAACUGGAAUCGAUGCUCCCAAGAAGGGUGAGAAGAAGAGCACAAUGAGGAAGCUGCUCUCUAAGGUCAAGCUGGAAGAUGUACCGGACUGCUACGUCAAGGUCAAAGUAGGUGCCGAAGCGGAGUGGAAGACAAGCGUUGUGGAUAACAACCACGAGCCUGAGUGGAAUGAGACCCACGACUUCUUGGUAUCAGAUUACGAACAAAACAUUUCUGUGGAUAUUCAGGAUGACGACUUAGCUGGUGACGAUGACAUGGGUGUCGGCUCGACCACUGUCAAGGAAAUCCUACUCAAGGGCGGUUCGCAGGAUCUGAGCCUCUCACACAAGGGCAAUGCUACCCAGGCACGACUACUUAUACAUGCCAAGUUCUUCAACUUUGUCACCGACGCGCAGGCCCUCUCUUCCGCCAACGCUCAAGGCCAAGCUGAGGGUCAGAUCUGCGGUCUGGCCACUGUACUCAUUGCUAGCGCCAACGGACUCCAAGGCAACCGUGACGAGCUCAACCCCAGUGUCAAGGUCACUUGGGGUGACCAGACCUUCCAAACCGCGGUCCAAACCUAUACCCCUGGCACCGAUAUCUUCAAUCCAGCCUUCGACCAAGCAUUCCGUAUCCCUCUCACCGCAGCGAUGUUGGCGAACCCAGGAGCCUUCAAAAUUGCGCUGCUGAACAAGGAGGUGGAGUUUGGAAGUGCGCAAGUGAGUUUCCAAGAUGUGAUGGGUGCGGAGGGUAUGGCUAUACGGGACAAUUUCGAUGUCGGAAACGGCGCCCAGAUUCGAGCUGCCAUCAUGCUGAACGGUGUCAAGCUGGCCGAGUAAAGAAAUGAUUAGUGGUGAGAAAGAUGACUGAUGGUGUCAUGUAACCGGGUGUGGUUUUUAAUGACAAGAAGAACAUUAUAUCAGCAAGCAAAAAAGACGUAGCAAGAUGUGCACCCAAAUACCAUUGUAUACGUUUCCAAAAUGCCUGCU